AUGAAUUCAUCACUGCCGCGUUCUGCUUCGCCCCAGAAACUUAGCCCAAGCCUUGAGAACAGCACCAUUCAGAAACAGAGGCAAGAACUCCAGCUUUUAAUUGCAGAACUGAAAGAUCGGGAUAAGGAACUCAAUGACAUGGUUGCAGUGCAUCAGAGAGAGCUUCUAGCCUGGGAGGAUGACCGGCAAAAAAGACUGACCUUAGCAGAACGAUGCAACUUAUUAAACAAUGAGCUGAACAAGAGAAAUGAAAUGAUAAAAUCCCUGACCAAAAGGUUAAAGUUUUUAGAAUCUCAGCAGAAUGACAGUAGGGCGACAUUUGAAUAUACGCAACAGAAGUUUAAAGAGCUGUCUCAAAAAGUAACAGAUGCAACUGUUCACUGUCAGGCUCUGGAGGAGAAAAAUCGAAGUCUCCACUGCUCAGUUUUGGAACUGUCUGCUAAAACAGGCCAGCUGCAAGCGAGAGAACAGGAGCUUCUUACUAUGCUUAAGCUGAAGGAUGAGGUUAUACUUGAAACAACUGAUCACAUUACUGAGUUUACAUCUAAAUUCAGAAAGCUGGAAAGUGCAUUGCGUGCAGCAAAGACGGAGGAAUUCAGUCUCAACGAAGAAAAGCAAGACCUCAAACUGAGACUGAAAGAACUAAUACUUGAAGCACAUAAACUGAAAGAUGACCUCUGUGAAAAGGUGAAGGAAAAUAAUAAGCAGCAGGAAGAAAUCAUUCACCUCAGAAAAGAAAAUGGCUGCUUGAGGAAUGAGCUCGCACUUACUGUUGAGAAAGCAAAGAGAAAGGAUCAGCUUCUUCAGUUUGCCAAGUCUAAACAAGCACGGACUGAUACAGAACUAUCAAGUUUGCGACAGAUCUACAUAAAACAGCAGCGUGACUUGCAAUUUCUUCAUGUCAAUUUGGAGAGCUCUCAGGAAUUAAGGCAAAAGCAUGAAAAGGCGGCCCAUGAAACGAGCCUAGGUAUGGCAUUCUCUGCCCCUGAAAGUAACAGCGAGACAGACGCAGUUAGGACUGAGGGCACUCACGAGAUAUGCGAGGAGCGUGGAACUGCACAAGUUCCAAAAAGUAGGGUAAAAAUCACCUCUGAGAUGUGUGAAGUAGAUAAAAGACUGUUACUGAAUGCAUCAGACUUGGAGGAAACUACCUCAGCGUACUUAAACCGGUGUCAAAAAGUUGUGAAAGUCUUGGCUGUCCUUACGGAAGAAGAAGAAAGGCAGGAUGUUGCAUCAAGCCCUGAUGAGCUAGGCAGCAAAGUAUUUUGUGAGGCAAACAACACAAGGCCAUUGAGAAACAGCGCAAUUUCUGAGAAUGGAGUGGAAAGCAGAGACCAACAAACCUUUGAGUCAUCUUUACCUGAAUAUGAGCAUUGGCUUAAUGUCAGUUCUCGUGUAGAUUCGCCAAGUACUUUGAUCCAGAACACUGUCACAUCUGAAAAAACUGAUAAUGAAAAUAAAACCUGGGAAGACAGAACUGGCAUUCUGUUUGGUGAAAAAAGCAGAGAGGCUUCUGCUGCAAUUCACAACUCUGAAUCUGAUUCCUGUAGUAGUAACACCUUCAUCAUAAAAAAAGAUGCAUGGUGGGAGCCAAUAUCAGAUCCAGAAUGGUUGAAGAUUUUCAAACCCAUGAAAGGAGAUGGAAGUAUAUGGCAUGGAAAAAAUUGCAGCUGUCCCAAGACUGCACAAGAGACGAAAUGUGCCAGCUCGAAAAGUGAAGAAAAUGUGGAUCUGAAUUCUUUUCACUUGGAUUCUCCCUGUUUGGCAUCCACCCAGAAAGGAGAAAGGCCUCAAAGAUGCGAGAAAUUCUCUGUUGAAGACUUACCCCUGGAGAUCAAUGAUCUUUCAGUGACUAAGCCAACAAAUAGGUGCUGCAGUGCUACCAUGGACCAAGGCACCGGUUCCCCCAUAAGUAAGCUGCAGCAUGCGUUGGCCGAGUCUCGACAGAUGGUUGCUGAUCUGGAGCUUAGCACUCUCCUCCACACGAGCCCCCGCUGCAGUCCGAACAGCAGCAGCAUUAAUACGACAGGAGAACUUGCAGAAGCUCUUCACAGAACCCAGUUAUCUGCUGCAGAAGAAAGAGAUGCUAAGCUUCCACUCUUUUCUCUAUGA